AUGGCAAAAAAGAGGGACGAGGAGUUUUUGAAGAAGUUUGAGAAUUUUGGGAACUUCGACAGGCCUGACUUGAACUUGUUGAUUCUCAACUAUCUUGUCACCGAGGGGUAUCAAGAAACCUCUAUGAAUUUUGCCAAUGAGAUUGGGUUGAAUAUCCAAGGUAUGGAAGAGUUGAACAUCAAUAGAAACGACGAUAUCAACCUCCAGAACAAGAAGAAAGAUAGUGGCAAAGAGAAGGAAAAUGCUGUAGACGACAUCAAUAUGGAUGCUUUUGCUGAUCAAGACUCCACCUUUGAAGAGGAAGCAAUCAGAAAAGCGUAUGCAGUAGCUGAGUUUGACGACCAUAGAAUCAACCAAUUCAACAACUCAACCAUAAUCAAUGGGUUGCAUUCAAUCAAACAAAGAAACGAAAUCAAAAAAAUGAUUGGAAGAGGCGAAAUUGAGGGUAUCAUAGACAAGUUGAAUGAUUACUAUCCAUUUUUGCUAGAAAAUAACGAUUUUCUAUAUUUCAAAAUACUACUAUUGAGUCUAAUUGAAUCAAUUAAAAAGUUCAAUAAAGAAAGAGAAAUAAUGAUCAAAAACGAAACAAAUUUUGUUCCUUCCUCAAGCCAAUUGAAUAAAAAUAUAAAUAAAAGAAAGCACAGAAAGUCCUCAACUUCGAUAAAUUUUACAUCCUCAAAUUUAAUUAGAUAUAACUUGAUGGCUGAUGCAUCAAAUUCUUCCAAGGUGAUUGAAUUUGAAAGGAAAUUUUACGAAAAGACUAUCAAGUUUAUUAGAAACAAAAUAUUUCCCAAUGCAAUAAAAUCCCCAGUUUUUAUGGAAGAAUUAGAGUUGGCCCUAUGCUUAUUACUAUUUGAUACAAAUAAUACUGAAAAAACUGAUAAAUCUCUAGAUGGCAAUAGCUCCAUAGUAAUUGAAGAGGAUAAUCAAAAUUUCCUACCCAUACAAUUGAGUCAUCUCAGCGACAACCAUGAUUUAAAACACGAAGUAUUUGAUUUAAUAAAUAACUCUAUAUUGACAUAUUCUACAAAUAAAUUCAAAAUGUCUGACGAAAUGAUCGGUAAUUAUACCACUAUCAGUUCAAAUCAAAGUCAAAAUAAAGGAUCUAAUUCAACUGAUGAUAUGAAUAGUAAUAUGGAUAUGUUUACGACUUCUGAUUUUGAUUUUGAUUCUUUUAAUACAAAUAAAAAUAAAUAUACAAGAGAGGAAUUUUUUGAUGAUGAUGAUGACGAAAUGAAUUUAGACAAAAAACCUGAUGGUGAAAAGAAAUCCAAAUAUCACAGAUCAAAUAAUCCAAAUAAUUUGGAUAAUUUUGGAUCACUAAAUCCAGAUAAAAAGAGCGAAUCACCAAAACAUGAGGAAACAAAUUUCACUGUAAAUUCAAAAUUUAGACAGCUAAUAAAUCUUUGGCUUUAUAGUGAACAGGUUUUGAUUGAAAAUAAUAUCGAAUUUCCAAGAUUAGAUUUAGGAGAGUUAAUUGACUAUGAUAAGGAAUAG